UUCAUGGGAGCCUCACCCUUACUCCUCCUUUCCCUAACCCCCUGUGUCCACAGCGACCCCAACCAGCCGGUGCCACAGGACACCAAGUUUAUGCACACCAAGCCCAACCGCUUCGAGGAGGUGGUGUGGAGCAAGUUCAACAGCAAGGAGAAGCAGUACCUGCACAUCGGCUUGAAGCCACGCGUGCGCGCCAACUACCGCGCCAACAAGGUGGCCUUCUGGCUGGAGCUCGUGCCGCACGUGCACAGCCUGCACACGGAGCUCUUCACCACCACCACGCGCCUCCCUCCCUACGCCACGCGCCGGCCGUGGCGCCCGCCCCCUGGUGCCCCUGGCACUCGCCGCCCCCCACCUCCGGCCACCCUGCCGCCCGAGCCCAAGCCCGAGCCGGGCCCCCGGGCCUACGAUCGCUUCCCUGGGGACUCCCGAGACUACUCCACGGAGCUCAGAGUCACCAUGGCCGUGGGCGCCUCCCUCCUCUUCCUCAACAUCCUUGCCUUCGCCGCCCUCUACUACAAGCGGGACCUGCGGCCGGAGCUGCGGUGCAGGCGGCUCAGCCCCCACGGCGGCUCGGGCUCCGGCGUGCCCGACGGAGGCCCCCUGCUCCCUGCUGCCGGCCGUGAGCUGCCAGCCGAGGAGGAGCUGGUGUCGCUGCAGCUGAAGCGGGGCAGGGGCAUCGGGGCGGAACCUGCGGAGGCCCUGCGCCCCGCCUGCCCGCCCGACUACACCCUGGCCCUCCACAAUUUGCCACUGUUGGCCCCCGGGGCCCUGACCCUGCUGCCCAGCGGCCUGGGGCCACCCCCUCCCACGCCGCCCCCCUCCCUCCAUCCCUUUGGGCGCUUCCCCCCGCCUCCCCCCACCGCUACCAGCCACAACAACACGCUCCCCCAUCCCCACUCCACCACUCGGGUAUAG